GCCGACCAGGUCGAGCUCCAGUGCACCCGAUACCGUUGACGAAGACGGCCGCGUUGUUCCACGACUCGUCGACGAGUCUCGUCCACCGAGGAACGUGGCACCAGAGCUCGAGGUGUCCUUCGCGAUCGUCGAACGUGAUUGGAAAUCUGGUGCCCUGGAACUUCCACGUGAACGGAAUUAAAGCUGAGAAACGAAGACAGGGACCGUUUAUCGCCCAUUCUGAGACUUGCGAAGAGCGAUUGCUGCGAGGACACAGGUAUGAUUCUGCCCCGAAGAAAGUCGACGGGCACGAGCGAAGGAUAGUACAGGUGCGAAAUGCGACACCCGAUUCCGCGGAAACGGAGUUUACAGUUUGCGGUCAGUUCAAUCGAUAUCGUCUACGUGACGGCUUCUUCGCGAAUUGGUUACUUUAUUUAAAGAAAAACUCGUGCACGGGCGAAGUUGAUCGAUCGCGAAUUUCUAUAAACUUCCACUCUUCGGAUGCCACGCGUGACGUGGGCCGCUCGAUGGCUAAUCGUCACGAGCUAGCUAAUCGCAGCCUCGCGCGAAGUGUUAACAGAUGGGCGGAUGCAACGAACGAAGCGCAGAGAAAACACAGCUGUGAAACGUAACGCGUGAUUAUACGUAUCUGAAGCUUGGAUAGAUGCAGGGAAGAAGGGAUCUAGAGGUCCAGCUCCUCGUUUCGUGCCGUUUCAGCGACCGUAAUCGGAUGAAAGGUGUGGCGCCUUUCCGUCGACAACGUUUCGAGUAAUCGUCGCGAGAGACGCAAUAACGGAGGUCUGUUGCAAGUAACGAGGCCCGCGGAGGCUCCAUCACGCUCCCAGGCGACGGUCUCCGAUAUCAGACUGCGUUAGCGUAAUACAGUGGAUUAACUGAUACGCGGUAGAUCGAUGGAAGCCUCGCAACAAAGCGUCAGGCACAUGCACCGUCACGCGAUACAGUUCAAGUGCAUCGUCGGAGAGAAACAAACAAACGAUUCCGUGCUUAUCCAGGCGAUGCCAAUAGAGACUCUUCGGUGCUUUCCAGUGUACCGUUUCGUCUGAACGAAGUUACCCGAUAAAUUGGACGAGGCACGGUAAAGAUAGAGGUGUGAAAUGUUACGACGGAAUCGAGAUACAGGUAUGAAACGUAAUUCAUGAUUCCGUCUAAUCGAAGCCAGCAGAUAAGCGAGUACGGAGUGGUGGAAGUAGCUCAAGAUACAGAUAUGAAAUGUGAGAGUGCAGCGAAGACACGGCUAUCAAUGUUUUAACGUGCUUUAACCGUAAAUAGUGCCUCAAAGGUGAGCACCAUAGUAUUUAACCGAAGUGGUGUCGCGAGAACCUUCCAAGAAAAAAGCGAGGUAAACGUUCGGAUAGCUAAGUAGAGCGAAUUGGAGCCGAGCGACACGCGAGCAGAAUGGAGGAAAAAAGGCGCGUAAACUCGCGCGAGUGAUGCAAGGAUCAACUAGGAGACCUCUCUCGAGCACCGAGAAAUGAAAUUGCAAGUUCCAGUUCCGAGAUAGACCGCGUCGGCUGAUUAAUUAUCGAUCCCCGUGGAAGACACCUGCGGACGAUCAAGGAAACAUUACGAUGCUAUUGUAAAUACUUGCCAGCGGUCGCACCCAGCGCGCAGGGUGUGUCUUUCGCGUGCACGCCAGUCAUUAACAACCGUGGCCAGGGGUGAGACGACGAUUGACUCCACGGAACGAGGAGAUUGAUCGCACCCUGGUCUCGCGGAACGUUCGUUUCGCCCAAUUUGACGUUUCCAUCGACUUAAGGAGGUCUCGUGCGUUGGGUCAACAAAGUCGACUUUAUCUUACGCUAGUAUAUCGACGGGCACGGAAAGACUCGCUUCGAUCCGUUACUGCAGUUUUCAUUCGGAAAAGUCUCGACGAUUUUACGUGCAGUUUUCAACCCAUUACACGAGCCUACCCCUCUUAAAAUCACGAGAGGCGGUUCAGUGUGACUGCCGAGUGCGAUAAAAGGACGAAACUGGUGGUUGUCGAGAUAACCAUGCGUUGGGAGGAUUUUGUCUCCGCGAAUCUCGGAGUCUGAAGUACGCUUCACUCGAAGUCGAGUGCGCGAGUGGAUCAAAGGAUAAAAGACGUUCCAUCGAUCGGGUUCGGGACCUUCGAUAAAAUCUUCCUCGACAUCCACGGCUAGGGGUUUCGUCUUCCCCGAUAGCCAGGGGCGAGGGAUACGAGGGUUACCCUCGGGAUAGUCUGGCCCAGUCUGUCGGGUCGCGAGACACGUCGACGCGUAAUAAAAUCGUUCUAUGCAGAUCCGACGGUCAGGCCUUUGUGGAAUCGAUUCGUGAAUAUUCAGCGAGAAUCGAUGGAACGGGUAUAUGCGAUUGGACAAAGAGCGACUUCCGCGUUGGAAGGACGCAGUGAUCGGGAAACGAUGAGAAGCAGAGCUUAGCGCGGGACUUUUUCGGAGCAAGUUUAAUAUUCCGUGUGAUAUCGCGCGAAUCCUCGUCGGUAGUGCGUCGAGCUCGAGGUCGACGAAGAUCCAAGGACGGUGGAGCGAUCUCGUGAAUCCUGAGAGGAUCUGCAUCGAUGCGGAUGGACUGACUCUGCUGGUGCUAUUCUGUUGCUUCGUCAGGCUCGAAUAUCAUCCUGAAAUGAGCUUGCUGCGGUUUGGCCCUUUCAAGGACGCAAAGAAGCAGAAUGGGGCGGCUUUGCGGACGAAUAGUUUGGGCUCGGGGGCGAGAACGCCACCCCUCGAAAGGAAAAGCAAGUUUUCGGCCCUCGGUAGACUCUUCAAACCGUGGAAGUGGAAACGGAAAAAGAAAUCGGACAAGUUCGAGGCCGCCUCCUUGUCGCUCGAGAGGAAAAUCUCGGUACGAGCCAGCAGAGACGAGUUGGUACAGAAAGGAAUCCUGCUGCCAGUGAUAAGGUCCACGUCGUUUCCCGAGAAUGAGACGAUCGGCGACUCGACGGACGGCCAGAAACCGCCUACGCCGCAACAGACGCACCAACAGCAGCACCAACAGCAGCAACAGCAGCAACCGGCAGGCGAGGGGGCAGGUACCGGCGGUGGUGGCACCCCGGCAACAACACCCACGUCCGCCGGUACCGUCCAGCAAUCCCAACAAUCCCAGCAAGUACCCUCGGCCACGCCGACCCCGACGACUGCCAAUCCGCAUUCUACAGGACCGCCCAGCGAUCAACCCUCGCCGCAUCUCUCGCCCCUUUAUCCGGGGAUCCCGCAACCCGGACAGCCCAACGGCAGCACGCAAGAGCCGAAGCAGGAAAAGACUGAACAGAGUGCAAAUGGCGCGGUAUCGCCGGGCGGUGAGCCGCAAGCGAAUCAGGGCACGGCUACGACCGGCAACAUGCCGGUUUUGGCCGAACCCCCGAAUUCAGGGGACCAGCAAAAGCCGUGUAGGCCGCACAACCUGGUAUCGAGGGCGGUAUCCAGGGCGGUAUCCAGGGAUGUAGGCAGGAGACUCAAGCUGUUCGACAUGAAGAAUGGGGUCCUGGAGCCGAGCGCCGAGGCCCAGGAAGUAAUCGAAUGGUGCUUCCCCCUCCCGUCUCAAAAUACGAUGAUGCUGUCGGAGCUUCCGGAGCCGCCGAUUCCGUUGAGCGAGAUCGGACCGAUUCCACCCCCGCCGAUGUUCAGUUCUUCGAGUCCUACUCUGUUAUUGGCCAAGCAGCGACAAACGAGGAACCCGUUAUCGUCAGACUACGAGGAAGAAGAAGACGAGGAAGACUUCGACGUGGAGGACGACGACAACAUGUACGUGGUCAGGAUGUCCCAGCCAGACCCGGCCAUCGACACGUCGAGGGUCGAGGAGAUACCCGCGAAGGAGCCUAAGUUUCACGCGGUCCCGCUGAAGAGCGUGCUGAAGAAGAGGGGCUCCGGAAGCGGGCCUGGGACGCCGCAGAACACGCCCACGCAGGAGAACAGGCCGUUGACCCUGCGCCAGGAGCUCCAAGCCUCCUUCAAAAGGCCACCGUUAGGGCCUAGGAGGAGAAUAUGCAGUCGACCAGUGAGAUUCGGCCUCGCCCUGCCGAGUACUCUGGAGAACAAGGAGAACGCGAGGCCGUACGUGAUCAGGGAAGAUGUCGAUGGCGACUCUGGUGACGGACAGGUACUUUACAGGGACGACUACGACGACGAAAAAAGCCGGUUGGCAGCAAAGAUUGCGCGCAAGGAGUCGCUGUCGCUGAAGCUCGCCCUUAGGCCUGACAGGCAGGAGCUCAUCAACAGGAACAUCCUUCAGCUGCAGACGGACAAUGAGAGGCAGGAAACGAAGGAGGCAAUUGGUGCCAAGCUCAUCAGGCGGCUGAGCAUGCGGCCAACCCAGGAGGAGCUGGAGGAGCGAAAUAUCUUGAAAAAGCAAAGUCCUGCCGAGGAGAAGAAACAGAAGGAGGAAAAGAAGCGAUACCUGCUGCGGAAACUCAGCUUCCGACCGACCGUCGAAGAGCUCAAGGAGAAAAAGAUCAUCAGGUUCAACGACUACAUUGAAGUCACGCAGGCACACGACUACGAUAGAAGGGCUGACAAGCCUUGGACGCGGUUGACUCCCAAGGACAAGGCAGCUAUUAGAAAGGAGCUGAACGAGUUUAAGAGUUCGGAGAUGGCCGUUCAUGAGAACAGCCGACACCUCACCAGGUUCCAUAGGCCAUGACAAUUGCAAUGUGUUGAGGUGCUACAGUGUGGUGCGGGUAUAGGUGAAGGUGCAGUGUUGUGGCCUCGCGUCGAGGCUGGAUAGAUCGGUUAUCGUGGCUUACCGAGGACUUUAUGACGAGGGGCGCGCGCGUUACUCGCCCGACGGUGACGGUGGUUUCUUUUAACGUUGCUGCGUCGUGUUGGUCAUUCGUCGUCAUCGUCGUCGUCAUCGUCAUUCUCUCACGUUGUCAUCGCUACACGUCAUUCGCCAUCGUGUCAUCACCAUCACCGUCUACGCUGACGACGAACGUCUCCGUGACGUCGACGAAGAUUGUGAUAGGGUGGCCUGCAGCCAAUGGGCUCUCACAGGUCACUUGCCGAUUUCUCUUCGUUAAGACUCGUUCACGCGCGGGUUUCGACCGAGACUGUGCCCAGGUAAAUCGUUAUCGAGCGUCUAGCGAGCGGACACUUUCGAGCGUUUGCAUUUAUUCAAUGCCAAAAAUAAAAAGAGUCAAAAAAAUAGAACAGGAAACGCAAGACGGAGGAUGAGGAGUAGCGCUCGACGCGAGUCGCUCACGUUGUUCGCGCGCGGUUCGCAGACGUUUUGGAACGUUAGAGCCUAAGAUUCUACUUUGUAAUCGCAACAGGUCACGACUGAGAGAAUCAAAAAAUGCGUCGUUCGACGUAUAAUAAGACUCAUUUUGUACGAACGUUCCCGCGAAGCUCACUCUUGUAUAUUAAGGACGAAAGUGGCUUCUCGCGUGUCUUCUUGUUCUUCGCGAAAACUUCGCCAAUCUCUGAGGCGUUCACGAGCGCGUGAAUCUGUUACGCGUACACUUUUGGAACGUAGUCAGAUACCACGGUAGAGCCAGGGAUGGGCAAAAUUGUUAUCGCUAGAUAGAGAACCGAGUCACGAACGAAAGAUGGACAACGCGGUUUUUACAAGUAAAAUUUUGCCCAGCUCUGGAUAGGACGUAGUUGAAGAUUAAAACGAAUCCUCUACUUUUAAACUCGCCGCCGCAACUCGCGCGUGAACGAACCUUUCUAUGUGUAAAACACCGCUCUUUUCUCCUUCUGCCAUCGAAGCUAGCUCAUCAGUGUCACCUGGCAUCAUCGUGUGUAUACGUAAACGAUUUUCAAAUUUUAAUCCUUUAUCGUUCGUGUGAUAUAUCUUGUGAAUAUCUUGCGAAAUACUCAGAGCCAAUAAGGGAACGAAGCAAAACUGACCCGCCCCCCGCGUGGAGGGUGGGUACAUUACGUAGUAAAUUCUCUGAAACGAGUGAGAAGAACAAAAGAAACGAAAAGAAAAGAAAAGGUAAGAGACUCGGAUGAUUUAAGUUGGAUUUAGAUUUUCAUUCACAUUUUUUAAGGUACGUCAGUUGGAAUAUUUUUAUAUGUUGACGUUGCUAGAAAAUCUACGCGAGGAAUACCAACAUUUUCUUGGCCGAGAACAACGGAUAUACCUCGUUUUUCUUCUUUUUUUUUCGAACGGAACGAAGCUUUGAACGGCGGCUGAAUGUGAUUUACGAUAAUUCCACGGAACCGUGAUUUUAAGCGAUUUUUAAAAAAUCGAUGACUUCGUUGUUCGUAUUCACGCUAAUGUUAUGUAGUUUGUUAAGCUGUUCGCCAAGCGGCGAGCACACCGAGGCAUCGUUCGAGGACGCCACGGAUUUAUGACAAUCUUGUUCGAAUUGACAAGAAACUAUUUUCCUUUACUGCCAGGUAUCACACGCAAACACACAGACUCUCUCUACGUCUCCCUCUCUCCCUCUUUCGUGGACCGAUUUUCGAUCGAUCGCUCAAAACAGUGGUUCUUUCUAAGCUCGCAGUUCGAAAGAAAGUUCUUAGUCUUUGUAGGCUUGUGACGCAAUUUAGAGGAAAAAAAAACUCGACAUAGUUCCUAAUCCUGAAUAAUCGUAGUAAAAAGAAUUCGAUAGAUCGCUCGUAAAGUGUAAAUGAAGGAUAAAAUUUUGCCCGAAAGAGACAGCUGUUUGUUUUCGGUGAAACGUAGCGAACGAUAGUCAAUCUAAGAAAGAAAAUAAAAAGGUUCUUAAAUUGACGUUACGUCGCUGGAAUAGAUUACCGAAGAAGAAAAUAUUUGUGUUUACACCGAUGUUUGUUUCGAGCUCGAUUUUGUCCUGCAUUGAGUUAUAAUAACAGUCUUAAGAGCUAAAAAAAAAUUCGCGAUAAGAAUCACUGGUUCAAAAAGUAUCGAUUAACGAGGAGGUCUGAAAGGAAAGAUCCCUCGAAGCUUCCUAUUUCUGUCGCUUGAACGAAUAAAAGCUUGAUCGAAUAACUGAUCGUAUAAACAUAACAAAUAAAUUGCUACGCGGUGUUUUUAUUCGUCGUUAUAGAAAUGAUGUUUCCUUUUAAGUAGCAUCUAGUUUUAACGAUCGUCCAAUGAGAUGAGAGGAUCGGAUGGUCCGUCGGUGAACUCAACAGUUCGAUAUUAAAAAAAUUCGUCAAAGUUCGCGGUCGUCGAAGGUGAAGAAGAAAAAGACCUUCGAGCGUACCAAUUCAAUGUAGAGAGAGAGAUGCGUCUCUCUCGUUCCCAUUGGUCGAGCGCUGUGGCUACCGUGUAGUCGAACAAAAUGAAGUGUCCAUUUUUCUCUAGGUUACUUGUGGUUGCGCACAGAGACGGGCAAAAUUUAACUGAACCGAUAUAUAACGAAUGAAAGCAAGCUUUAAUUGAGAAUGAAUUUUGAGUAGUUAAAUUUUUAUUUGAUCAUUGUGAAAUAUUAUAUUCCGUUGUUGAAGUUCUAGUUUUAAUUCAACGAGUAACGAAUUUAUCGAAAGAGGAUUGUUGCUGUGUUAUCUGAUAAAUUAAAAAACACGAAAAGUGGUCGAUGACAUUGACCUGUACAGUUGAGGUUGAGAUUCGUUGUUAAUUUUAUCUCGUCUUUGUCUUGUUGUCGCUAGUUUAUCCUUCGUUAUUUAAGAUUUAUAUCCGUGCGAGAAAUUUUGCCCAUCUCUGUCCAGUGUGCGAGUGCGAGCGUUUGGUGGAAAAAUUACGAGAAGAGCGGGAGAGCAGCGAGAUCAACGGAGACAAACGUUUCUAGGCUUCUCUAGAAGCGGGUGGAAAAAAAGAGAGAAAUAAAACGAGAAUGGAGAUACGAGAAAAAGUUGAGAAGAAUCCGUGCACGCGAUUCUCUCGGAAUUUUCUCGUAUAUUUUUUCUUCUUCUUUUCCCCUCUUUCUUUUUCUUUUUCUUUUUUUUUUUAAGUCACCCUUUAACGUCGUGCGCGCCACUCUUGAGAAAUCGCAUCGAGGGUGGAGCACGACGAGUGAAACAUACGACUAAAUGAAAGGAAAAAAAACGAACGACUGUAAAUAUAUUAAUUGAACGCGAUUUAGGCGUAAAUUGUAAAACACCGCAAUAGAGAGAUCCACGCUACGCGCUACGAUAUUACGCAAUGGCAGAACGAAGGAAAUACUUAUAAAUAUUGAUUUUUAGGUAAACUGACGCCCUAACGCAAAAAAAUAUAUAAAAAACAAACGAUACACCAUAUACAUAUAUAAAUACUAUACAUAGAUAUAUUAUAUAUAUAUAUAUAAUGUAUAAUAUAUAUAUAUAUAUAUUAUUAUAUCGAGGCGUACAAGCAGUAUGUGCGUUUUCCAGCACAUGAUAGUUGGUAUUUUGUGUACAAAUGAGAUAAAAAAAAAAGAAACGGAAGUUGAAACGCGCACCAGAGGACAACUGUCGAAUAUUUUCUCCGACGUCGUGUCCAGUCUGCGGUAUUAUUAUACAGUUUGUGUGGGAGUGACGCGAUGAAAUUAUUGUCAGCGCUGACGGGGGUCUCUGUCGGUCGCGAGGACGGUCCUCGACCCUCGCACCGAGCAAACCGAAAAUGCACCCUCUACGGAGAAGCUUGACACGUGACGGAAUCGAUGAUCCAAAACGAAAUUUGCUACCGAUCGCGGUCGACCGCUCGUGCAGUUUUUGAUUUGCUCUAUCCUCGCGUUGCUCGCGUUACGCGUGCAUGCUCGAUGGACACGUUCCGCGAAAUUGCAUCGGUGAACUCUGAUAGAACGAAUUUGCAUUCAGAAACAUUGCCGCGAAAUAGUAUCAUCGAUUAACGCCUCGAGCCCGGGGUAAUUUAUGACGGAUAUUUUAAAAAUAAAAGAGGACCUAAAAUGGUUGACCGUAAUUUUUUUUUCUAAAGAAACUGUUAAAGAUUUUAAUCUAUGCUUACACUUACGUAUUUACGAAUCAUUGUAGAAGAUAUGUAAAUUUUUAUGUAACGAAAGCAUCGAUGGUCGGAGCCCUGUUUAAUGGGGAACAGAUAUUCAUUGUUAUUGAAUACGAGGCGUGGUGAUUUCAAUGCGCGGUAAGGGUUGGGCUCGGAGUGUUACUAGUACCGAAUAGAUUAAAGUUACGAUGACUCAUGGAUUUGAUCCAAUUACAGUAAAUUAGGACAGUUAAAUUUUUAUGAAACGCGAGUCGCCAGCGUUUUGUACCUACCCGAGGUGGAUAAAAUUCUUAUCUAGAAAAUUUCGUAUAACAAAUAAAAGAUAACGAAUCGGCCGAGUAGGGUGGAACAAACAGUGAAACAAACCGCGAAACUCGAGCAGAUUCCCAAGCAAUUCGCGGAACGCCGACGGUCGAGCGCACGUGUAAACGCAUAGCAAAACAAGUCAGGCUGUAAAAAGAAAUGAUCGCUGGCCGUGCAAAACGGACGAUUCUACUUGUAUCAUAAUAUCUUACGAUAGCGCUAUUAUAAACAAUAACGACAGUAACAACAAUAAGGUAACUCGUAAUUUAAGGGAGCGUGAAAAGGGACGAGAGGAGAUGAUCGACUGAUCGUGUCACGAGUGCCGAUUAGCGAUCGUUGCGUCGCUAGAGGAAGCAAGCUCGUGACAACGAACGACAAGGGCUUUUCGAGGCGUUCGGUCACUGCUCGCGAUGGGAUCGUGCACUGGUACAAAGCAAGUUCGAAUACUUUAGAAAUAUCUCGAGAAGCAAGCACAGUACUUGCAGGUAGACUCGAGCUUAAAUUAGAUGGAUUCGAACCCAUUGUGGAUAUUUUGUUUCGAAUAUAGAAUCUUAAUCUUCGUAUAUCGUAUACGAAUAACGAUGGUAAGGUUUUUGAGCAUUGAUUUUUGGAUGAGACGUACUUUGGAGAUUCCAAAGAAAAAUUUUCACUUGCCUCGACUCAUUCAGGGGUUCGAAAUCAGCUCGUAUAGACUGAGUGCGUUGCAAGUAGAACGACUGAAACUUAAUUUCUCGCAAACAGUACUCGAACACCAUAAAGUAAAUAUAUACCCAGCUCGAUCUCAUCGCUAGUCGUCGGUCUCGCGAUUUCCUAGCGUGGACCCUUCGCGCAGAUAGCGCCGAAAGGUCCUUCAAAAGUCAGCAAUACGCAACCUGUAAUCCGUGAUUAUAAUUACCGGAUAAUAAGAAUCGAUUAACGACCGAUUAAUGAUCUGGAAGAUUGCAAAUUACUGGUUCAAGACUGGAAAUGACGAUGCAGUUUCUAACUCUGCUCCAAGUUGGGAGCAAAACAGAGGUAGCAAGAAUCGCGAGGCACGUGACCGGUGCUAGCCCGACAGAUUUUUACCAAAAGUGCGGAGGAAGCAGUCGAUUAGACGUAAUAAUUACAUUUCGUUCUGUUUUGUAAACGAAGCAGAAGCACGUCCAGGUCCAAGGCUGUCUGUGCUUCGUGCCAAUUGUUGAUGAACGGCAAUGAGUUUGGCGUCGACUCGUCGAGAAUCGCGAAUUGGGCGAAUUUAGCAGACAAACUCGACUCGCGAACGAUCACUGGCGACGUCCAAAGGUUCUCCUAUUUUAUUCCCACCCUGUUGGUCGUGAUCUUUCGUUAUUUAUUCGAGAAACCUUCGUCUUUUAUUGGGGAUUUUAUGGACUAUUCGUCCAUUCGUGUGACGAUGUUGUUUUCUCAACGUUUUGCCAAACUUCUCGCAAACUAUGCACUGCACUAUGACUUUAUUUGAACUUCUAUAACUCCUUUAAUAUGGAGAUUGAUAAAAUUUUUAAAUAACAAUCACGGUGUCUCGGUGAAACUUUUAAAUUCUUUAGUUUCCUAGAAAAUAUUCGGUGAACUUUGGCAAAGUGUUAAGAGUAAUGGAAUCGUGAUCCUCGGAUGUUCGAGUUUAUUUAUUGUACUGUUUUUAGAAAAUACCUCUUAUGGAUUUUAUUGUUCGUUGUUUUCUUCUGGAGCAGUGAAUGGACGUUCGAGGAGCGGUCGUUCGCGAAUGACGUUGUCGGGGACGUGAACUUUGAGGAGAAGAUGCGUUGUAUUAUAUAUCGAAAUCGAGAAACCCUUUAAGUGUAAGAAUAAUAAUGUAUAUAUAAUUAUUAUAACGUAAAACUUCGAUUGAUCGCGGCUCCAGCUGAGCGGAGCCGCCCCUGUCGAUUCCCGAGAGAGCAAUGCGAAAGAGAGAAAAAACGAUGAACAAAAUAAUGGAAAAAAAUUGAAACGCACGAAGACGAACGAGGACACGGAGCAACAAAUCCGAUGGUAAUAUACGUAUACUAUUCGCGGACGAAUGCAAAAGAGACGAAUGAAAGAAUGCAGUAAAAAAAAAAAAAAAGCACGGUUCUCGUAUUGAUUUUGAUGAAAACUAAACUAAACAUAAAAGAAAAAAAAACAACAAAAAUAAUACACCGAAAAAAGACGCUGCGUUUUUUGAUUCAGAUCCGUUCUGUUUUCUUUUCUUUUUUGUUUGUUAGUUUGUACGCACUACGAUUUAUCGCAAUUUAUUGUAUUAUCGAUGAAAUACUGUAACAAAAAUACUGUUAACUAUUCUUAAAGAAAUUAAAACUUUUGUAAACUGAGA